AUGUACCUUUUGGCUGGCUUUGUCUCUGCUCCGACGGAGGGAGGCGGUUGUCGAGAGGGGCUUGCUUAUGUUCCAACGGAGGGAAGGAGAAGGCUUGCUCGAGGGUCGCAGAAGGGAGGCCGACUAGCUGGUUCUGUCUCUGCUCCGGCGGAGGGAGACGGUUGUCGAGGGGGGCUUGCUUCUGUUCCGACGGAGGGAAGGAGAAGGCUUGCUCGAGGGUCGCAGAAGGGAGGCCGACUAGCUGGUUCGCUUGCCGUCGUCGGAAGGAUCGAGGGUCGGGUCGUCGUCAGUCUCUCUCGUCGACCUGAUAGCUCGAGGGUCUGGUAG